UAAAAAACGUAAAAGCGCAAUGAGCGAAAGCGAUUCUGAUGAGGACUAUACGAACGAUGGAAAUUAUAGCGAUUAAUGCAAAAAUCAUAUCCAUAAAUAUAUAAACAGUAUUGACUAUGUUUACCGGCAACAAUAACCAGGAUUCCUAUUGGAAUAACUUCUUGAGUCAAGGCCAGACAAAUAUAGGCUCAAAUAGUAGUGUCCAUAACGAAGAGUCUAAAAGCCAGAACUACAAUUUCAAUUACGAAAGCUUUUGCAUGCAAGGUGAUAAAAGUUAUCGCAUUCAAUAUAAUGAGCAAAUUGUACACCAUAAUGCAGAACCAGAUCCACGAUUCAAUCAUUUACAAGAAGCAAACCAACAGCAAAUGCAAACAAAUCCGUUAACAUGGAACUCAGCUGACACAGCAAGUGGAUGCUAUGAGGUACCCACUACAUUGCAACCAAAUUACGGUUCGUAUGCAAGUCAUACUCCAACUGUAACUUCUACAUAUCCAAAUUAUAUUCCAACUUCAACUUCUACUUAUGGAAAUUAUACCGAAUUUGCAACUUCUGCAUAUGAAAGUUGUACUUUACCAGUAACUUCUACAUAUGGAAAUUGUAAUCCAACAACAACAACUGCAUAUGGUAAUGAGAUUCCAUCAGCAACUUCUACAUAUGAAAAUCCAAUGGAAAUGUCUAGCUAUGGUAAUGACAUUGUAAGAACAACUUCUACAUUUGGAACUUCUACUCCAUCAUCAAAUUCUACAUAUGCGGAUUCAACAGUAAAUUCUUCAUAUGAAACAUAUAUUCCACCAACAACUUCUAUGUUGUUAAAUACUACCAAUCAACCAAUGUCGACACCUGUAGAAUACGCAUCCGAAUAUACAUCACGGCAACAUUCGUUUGAUUUUAUAAGCCAUGACAAUUCUUCAAACAAUUACUCAUAUAGUAAUUAUGAAUAUUACAAUAAUAAUACCACAUAUGGGCCACAACCUCGUAAACGACAGCGUCGAAUAGCAAGUUCGACAUCAACAUUUAAUGAACAGCAAAAUAUUUUAUCACCCUAUGAAGUAGUUUUUCGCCGUAAUCAAUUAAUGCGACAACAACUUGCUGCGUCUAUAAGAGAAUUAAGAAUUGAGGAACGACAAUUGCAACUAUUGGAGAAUUUCGUACCCAGUUGUGUAAAUCACCAGAACAUGAUAUUGAGUCGUAUUUUUAUGCUAUUUUAGCAAUUAAGUAAUCUAAGAAAUGAAUGGAAUAUAAUCAAUGGAAUAUAAAAUGGUUGCAAGCUUUUGAUGUAUAAAGCUACAUGGACAUGAAAUCUUACCGAACAUCAAUUAAAAGUAAUUGGUAUUUUUUCAAAA